GUCGCUCGGAAGAGGUCUCCUUGUCACAGGCACAAAGGCCGCCUCCGCCCGGCAGCAUGGUGCUGAAAUCUAACCCCAGCAUCAUUCUCUUGUGCUCUUUCCUGCCCAGUGACUACAUCAUUGAGGAGAAGACGGCCGUGCUGCAGAAGAGGGAGCAUGAGGGAUUCGGGUUUGUGUUGCGAGGGGCCAAAGCUGAGACCCCAAUUGAGGAGUUCACCCCAACGCCGGCGUUCCCUGCCCUGCAGUACCUGGAGUCGGUGGAUGUGGAAGGCGUUGCUUGGAGAGCGGGGCUGCGCACAGGAGACUUUCUGAUUGAGGUGAACGGUGUGAACGUGGUGAAGGUCGGGCACAAGCAGGUGGUCUCGUUGAUCCGGCAAGGGGGGAAUCAUCUGGUGAUGAAGGUUGUUUCCGUCAGCCGCAAGCCAGAAUCAGAAGAAGUUGUUCGGAAGAAGGCCACCUUGACCAUGAAGAAGUUUGCUUCGACGCGCAGCCUCAACAAGAUCCUGCAGCAGUGCGACUCCUCGUCCCGCGAGUACGAGGAGAUCCAGGCUGUGGAGAAGAAGUGGCACCUGCAUCUGGCCACUCCUCGGAAGUUCCUGGACAAGAAAUGCAAAAUGCCGUCUCUGUUCCUUUCAGCGCCGCCGCCGCCCAAGAGGGCCCCCAGCACCACGCUGACGCUGCGCUCCAAGUCCAUGACGGCCGAGCUGGAGGAGCUGGGGCUGCUGGGGGGGAGCGGACGGAGCGGCACCUUCUCCAGCUCCGCUUCCAACGGGCCUGUGAACCGUCCUCCGAAAGGGAUCUGCCCUGGUGCAAUGGCCCUUGCUGACUGGUUUGCUUUCAUGUUUGGAUUUUCAGAGAAGCUGGAUGAGAUUUUGGCAGCAGCAGAGCCCUCGCUGAGAGCAGACAUCGUCGAAGCGGAUUCUAGGGCAGCCACUGUGAAGCAGCGACCAACGAGCCGGCGCAUCACGCCAGCAGAGAUCAGUUCACUCUUUGAACGCCAGGGUAUGGCCGCACAUUCAGGGGUCCUUUCAGGAGCCGAGAAACCCCAUGUUUCCCUGCGCAAAGGAAUUCCACGAACAAAAUCCGUAGGGGAAGACGAGAAACUCGCGGCUUCUCUGCUAGACGGGAAGUUUCCCCGGAGCACAUCCAUGCAAGACACUGUGAGGGAAGGCCAUGGGAUCCCACCGCCUCCUCAGACCGCGCCGCCCCCGCCUCCGUCUCCAUACUACUUCGACACGGCUCCCCCUCCGUCCUUCUCGCCACCUCCGCCGCCAGGAAGAGCUUACGACACCAUCAGAUCAAGCUUUAAGCCAAGCCUGGAGGCCAAACUCCAUGGGCUCCCACAGGUCAUUAGCGCCGCUGAGAUGUAUGAUCAGGCAAGGACUUCCAUCCCUUAUCCUGAAAGGCAGAAGAGGGCCCGAUCCAUGAUAAUCCUGCAGGAUUCCUCUCAUCUUCCCGUGGAGCCGACAGAGAUCCCCCGGCCUGGCCCAUCUGCAACCCCGCCAGAGAAGCUGAAAAGGAAGGGGCGAGUGAUCGACAACCCCUACGCCAACAUGGGCCAGUUCAACGUCAGCCUGUUCGCUCCCACCAAGCCGCAGAGGAAGAAGAGUCCCCUGGUGAAGCAGCUGCAGGUGGAGGAUGCGCAGGAAAGGGCAGCGCUGUCCAUCACGGGGGGCUUCGCGCGGGAGCCGUCCCCCACGCGCAGGAGCCAUCGCCUGAGCGGCGUGGAGUACCAGCACCACGCCGGCAUCGCUCAGGUGGACGCCACAAGCAUCCCCUUCGCCACUGCCAUCGCUGGAGUCAUGAAGGACAGAGAUCGUCGUCUGGAUGAGAAGCGGAAAUCCACUGUCUUCCUCUCCGUCGGGGCCAUCGAAGGGACCCCCCCCAGCAGCGACAUGCCAUCCCUGCAGCAGUCCAGGUCUAUCGAUGAGCGGUUGUUAGGAAGCCGAGAUGUUCUACUGCCUUCCCCUGUCUCAGCUUUAAAGCCAUUGAUCAGCAGCUCCUCAUCAACGUUCAUCCACCCCCUGACCGGAAAGCCCCUGGAUCCGAACUCACCACUGGCGCUUGCGCUGGCCGCAAGGGAACGGGCCCUCUCGACUCAAGUCCCAUCCCGCUCGCCCACCCCGAUUCACAGCCCGGACUCGGAGAGAGCAGCACCUCUGUUCGUGGACAUCCAAACCAAAGAACCGGAGAGGGUGGAACUGGAGAGCUUAGUGUCACCGGCGUAUUCACCUGGAGGCAAGGGGGCAAUUGGAACAGACUCUGGGACCUUGACACCUGCCAAGAGCCAGUGGGGGACUCCAUCCACCCUGAGAAAAGAAACCGAAGCAAGAGCAGAAACACCUGGAAAAGAGGAGAAAAAACAAGAAGACAAGAAGUCCAUGAUCAUCAGCAUAGUGGAUACAUCACAGCAGAAGACCGCUGGCCUCAUCAUGGUUCAUGCCACAAGUAAUGGCCAAGACGAGAUAGGACUUGAGGUGAAAGAGGAGCAAGCGGCUGUCCCUGAAACGUGCGCGGAGCCAGCGGAGUCCCCCCAGGCGGAGGCCGAGCCCGGCCCGGCGGGGAAGCCUCCCGUGAGCCCGGCCUCCGACAAGGCGCUGGGCCAAGGCAGCUCGGAGGAGGAGGUGGAGCCCUACACGGUCACCCUGCCGCCGGCCCAGCUGUCCUCGAGCGACGAAGAGACACGGGAGGAGCUGGCCAAGAUAGGGCUGGUGCCUCCCCCGGACGAGUUUGCGAACGGGGUGCUCGUCACCACCCCCGGCACACCGAUCAGCCACCUGGCUACGCCUAGCACGCCAUCCCUACCAGCGGCAGCAGUAGCACCUUCUACCACUGGCGGAACACCCUCAGGGAAGCCCUCUGAUGCCCCCGUAGCCCCAGAGUCUGCUGCAGACUCGGGAGUGGAAGAGGUGGACACCAGAAGUUCAAGUGACCAUCACCUGGAGACCACAAGCACCAUCUCUACGGUCUCCAGCAUGUCUACGUUGUCCUCAGAAAGCGGGGAGCCUACUGACACAUACACUUCCUUUGCGGAUGGACAAACUUUUAUACUCGAGAAGCCACCAGUGCCUCCAAAGCCAAAACUCAAGUCCCAGCUCAGCAAGGGGCCAGUUACUUUCAGGGACCCACUUUUGAAGCAGUCUUCGGACAGCGAGCUCAUCUCCCAGCAACAUGCGGCCACUCUGGCAUCCGCCAGCAUUGGCCGGCCACGCUACCUCUUUCAGAGAAGGUCCAAGCUAUGGGGGGACCCCAUGGAGAGCAGGCCGAUCCAUGGGGCUGAUGAUGACAAGCCAACUGUGAUCAGUGAGCUAAGUUCCCGACUACAGCAGCUGAAUAAAGAUACGCGGUCCCUGGGGGAGGAACCGGCCGGGGCCACGUUAGAUCCCGGGAAGAAGUCGCCUGUGGUCGCAGCACGUCUUCCCGCAGGAGGAUGCUUGACAAGAGUGACUGAAAAAGAGCUCAAGAAAUACUGAGCAUGAGAAGCACAGGUCAGAGUUGAG